AAUACAAGCCGGGCCUCGGCGCGCCUUGUGUGGUAACACGCUCCGCCGCUGCCACGCUAUUUAAACGCGGGUUAUGGAUCCAGGAACCGGCGCGAAUCAAUGAGAUCAAACGCGAGGGAGAUGCACCGUCAAUUACAAGCACUUGGACAAGUCUAACUUUUUCUUCUUUUACAAAUACGCUUUCAAAAGCAACCUUAGCAAUGCCCAAAUAAGAAGCCACCUCUAAGCAAAAUAGUAUAUAUAAAGGGAGGGCGAAUAUAUAUAUUUAUAAAAAGUAUAUAUAUAAAUAUAUUACAGACGUACAGGUUUACACCCGGUGAACUUUUUCUUUUUUUCUUUUUUUUUUAAACGAGUGGCAUUGCAAAGGAGGACUCUUCCUCUCUCUUUCGGCGAGUUAGUGAAGGGGGUAUUCUGUUUUCUUAGAGCGCCCAAGGGGGCGCAGGGACCUCGGAGAGAAGAGUGGGGAGGAAAGAGGAAGGGUCGGUGGGGGGCAGAGGGCGAGUCCGCACCGAGGGCAGGCGCUUUCCUGCGGCACGAUGCCGUCCCUGCUGGUGCUCACUUUCUCCGCGUGCGUCCUGCUCGGUUGGGCGUUGCUGGCCGGCUGCACGGGUGGUGGCGUCGGCGGGGGCGCGGGCCCGGGCGGCGGGCGCCGGGAAAGAGAGGCGCUGCCGCCGCAGAAGAUCGAGGUGCUGGUGCUGUUGCCCCAGGACGACUCGUACCUGUUCUCCCUGGCUCGGGUGCGGCCGGCCAUCGAAUACGCGCUGCGCAGCGUGGAGGGCAACGGGACCCGGCGGCGGCUUCUGCCACCCGGCACUCGCUUCCAGGUGGCCUACGAAGACUCGGACUGCGGCAACCGCGCACUCUUCAGUCUGGUGGACCGCGUGGCGGCGGCGCGGGGCGCCAAGCCCGACCUCAUCCUGGGGCCUGUGUGCGAGUACGCGGCGGCGCCGGUGGCCCGGCUAGCGUCGCACUGGGACCUACCCAUGCUGUCGGCCGGGGCACUGGCAGCCGGCUUCCGGCAUAAGGACACGGAGUACUCUCACCUCACGCGCGUGGCGCCCGCGUACGCCAAGAUGGGCGAGAUGAUGCUCGCCCUGUUCCGCCACCACCAGUGGAGCCGCGCCGUGCUGGUCUACAGCGACGACAAGCUGGAGCGGAACUGCUACUUCACCCUCGAGGGGGUCCAUGAGGUCUUCCAGGAGGAAGGCUUGCACACGUCCGCCUACAAUUUUGAUGAGACCAAAGACUUGGAUGUGGACGACAUCGUGCGCUACAUCCAGGCCAGUGAGCGAGUGGUGAUCAUGUGUGCGAGCAGCGACACCAUCCGCGGCAUCAUGCUGGCGGCGCACAGGCACGGGAUGACCAGCGGAGACUACGCCUUCUUCAACAUCGAGCUCUUCAACAGCUCUUCCUACGGAGAUGGCUCAUGGAAGAGAGGAGACAAACACGACUUUGAAGCUAAGCAGGCGUACUCAUCCCUCCAAACAAUCACUCUACUGAGGACAGUGAAACCUGAGUUUGAGAAGUUUUCCAUGGAGGUGAAAAGUUCUGUUGAGAAGCAAGGGCUCAGUGAGGAGGAUUACGUUAACAUGUUUGUUGAAGGAUUCCACGAUGCCAUCCUCCUCUACGUCCUGGCUUUACAUGAAGUACUCAGAGCUGGUUACAGUAAGAAGGAUGGAGGGAAAAUUAUCCAGCAGACUUGGAACAGAACAUUUGAAGGUAUUGCCGGGCAGGUGUCCAUAGAUGCCAAUGGAGACCGGUACGGGGAUUUCUCCGUGAUUGCCAUGACCGACACGGAAGCGGGCACCCAGGAGGUUAUUGGUGAUUACUUUGGAAAAGAAGGUCGUUUUGAAAUGCGACCGAACGUCAAAUAUCCUUGGGGACCUUUAAAGCUGAGAAUAGAUGAAACCAGAAUGGUGGAGCACACAAACAGCUCUCCUUGCAAAGCAUCAGGUGGCCUAGAAGAGUCAGCGGUGACAGGAAUUGUUGUGGGAGCCUUACUAGGAGCUGGUUUGCUAAUGGCCUUCUACUUUUUCAGGAAGAAAUACAGAAUAACCAUUGAGAGGCGACACCAGCAAGAAGAAAGCAACGUUGGAAAACAUCGGGAGUUACGGGAAGAUUCCAUCAGAUCCCAUUUUUCGGUGGCUUAAAAGGAAGCCUAUUCUUUUGGCUUGAGAUUCUUUAAGGAGAUAAAUGGGAUGAAAAACAUCAAUGGAACAGAAGGGGCGCUCUUGAAAAACUCAUUCUUUUAAGCAGUUAGUCAUUUCGUUGUAAAAUUUCUUUAGAAGCUCAGGAAAUGUUAUUAAUCACCAUAUGCCUCCCGGCCUUUCAUCUCGUGACAAACAAAUAUAAGAAUAUAACGUCACUUUGUUAAAUGUUCAUACUAUUUCAAGGGCACAUGAUCAGAUUUAUGUUUUGAAGGUCUGAUGUCUCCAUAUCUUGAUGGCUUUUGCGGGGAUUUUAUGCAAGGCUAUAAAAUGUGUUUUUCUUAAAUGAGAUGUUUUAUAGCUAGAAUAAAAUAAUUUUUACAAGUAGAAUAUCCUUGAAAAGAAUUUAACCCCAAGAAGAAGAAAACGUAAUGAAAAGUCUCAAGGUAGGAAAUACAUCAUUCCUUUCUCUAGCGCUGGUGGACAGAUCUGAAGUUGAAAACUGCUCUGUCCGAUGUGUACAUUCAGGUCCUGACUUCAUAUCUCGAAAAAGAAUCCCCCCCCUGCCCCCUGUCUCCUUCAGCGUCUCAUAAAAGCUACUCUGGAAAGUUGUAACUAUUAAUAAGUUAAGAGGAUUUAUACAAGAAAAGCAAAUCUAAGAUGUUUCAUUUUUUAAUAUAAAAAAGCCCUAUUUCACACUAACACUUUAUUUUAAAGUAUUUUAAUCUUAUAUUUUACUAUUAGAAAAUGUGUCUAUUUUUUCAUUUUGAAGAUUAAAUUUCACUUCUAUUUUAAAAGCAUGGGUAAAGUGUACAACAAACCAAUAAUGAUGAAAGAUGCCUCUCUUUUUCUCCCUCUUUUCCUCUUCCCCGUGGCUGUAGCCCAAUACAAAUUGCUGCUUUAAUUACAGAGAUCUGGAAAUGUACUUAGAUUAUAGACUCUACAGGAAUACAUCAAUUUACCUGUUUUAAAUGCAACUUGUUUUAGGGAUAGACUCCUUCCAGUUCUGGCCAGUGAUGAGUGUCAAGACCAAGGAUGAAAUUUAAUAGAAUUAAGUCAGGUUUUAUAAAAGGGAGGCAGUCCUUUUUUCUCAAGAAGAACUUUAUAGAGUUAGAACUUGACAGUAAGCACAGAAACGAUACAUUUAAUAGAUGACAUUUUACCAAAAUUCACAAUGAUGAUUUUGGUUAAAAGAGGGAAUCUAAAUAGCUACUAUAUUCCCUUUUAGUAAACUCCAGAGAGGCUUGCAGUCAUCCACUAGUAACCCAUGUAACAGGCGUAGGGAUAUGAGGAAUUUGGACAGGGUUGAAUAAGUAUAUAUCAAAUCUCUACUUUGUGCCUAGUACUCUGCUCAUAGGUUUAAACUCAGGUUGCCACUUUCAUGUAUAAUUUGUGGAGAAAAUAGACAAUGAGGGAAGAAUGGGAAGUUGCCAGAUCACUGUACCAUCUUAUCAUGACGUCACGAGGGUCUUUCCUCAAUAAUGUUUUGAGCAGCCGGAAAAUAGUUUUAAAAAUUAUCUUAAUGUCUGGAAAAGACCAUCUAUAGGAGGAAAAUGGGGCAGUUUAAGAAAAUAGGGGAAUACCAGAAUUGGAGCAAUUCCUAGGUAGUGAUGGAGGCUGUGGCUCACACUGGUAAUGGUGGAGGUGAGGCAGGGCGAGUGAGAGCCGUGUGUCCUGGAAGUUGGCCUGAGCUUGCUUCCCUGGAGGCCUCCGCCACUCCUACUUCAGCCAAAGUGAAUGGAUUAUUUCUGCGUGAGGCACAUUCCCCCUCUAUUGUUUAAAAAUGGAACGCAGGCAGUUGGAGAACAUGAUAAAAGAAUGAACUCUGAUCAACUCAAGGGACUAUGUUGUAGUUCUCCAUGCUGGGUGCAAAUGAAAAAGUGCUGAAUUCAAAACAGGAUGGAAAAAGCAGGCAAGAGAGGCCAGCGCCAGAAAUUCUGACACAGGAAGACAGUUUGGGAAGUAAAAUCCAGGAAAGUGACGCGUGUAACAUCUCAGGACUCAACGUGAAAACAGAAUGGAAGAGUUGCAUCCAUCUUACUUUUGUGAGUUGAGAGACUAUUUCUCUCUCAUUUAUGUUUUUCAGUGAUGUUUUCCAUGUAUUUUAGAGAUACUCAUUCUCUAUUAUCUUGUGUUUGUAAAAAAACAUUAAAAUUU